UAUACAAAUCGGCCCCUAGGGUUUUCAGUCGUCAUUUGUAGAAGAUCGAACAUCACUCUCCGUCGCUCCGCUCUCUCUCUCUCCUCUCUCCGCCGGCAGCCAUGGUGAAUGUUCCAAAGACGAAGAAAACCUUCUGCAAAUCGAAGGAGUGCAAGAAGCACACGCUGCACAAGGUCACACAGUACAAGAAGGGAAAAGACAGCUUAGCCGCUCAAGGGAAACGACGUUACGAUCGCAAGCAGUCCGGUUAUGGUGGACAAACCAAGCCCGUUUUCCACAAGAAGGCCAAGACAACUAAGAAAAUUGUGCUCAGGCUGCAGUGCCAAAGUUGCAAGCAUAGUUCCCAGCACCCUAUCAAGAGGUGCAAGCACUUUGAAAUUGGUGGAGAUAAGAAAGGGAAAGGAACUUCACUUUUUUAGGUGUUCUAUUUUGCAUUUUACUCUAGUAUUUAGCUUUGUACUUUGCCGUCGUGCUACAAAUAUUUGAUAAAAAUGUCAGACUCGGAUUUUUUUGGUUUUUUUUUGUUUCGGCGCUUGGAUUAAGUGUCUCGAUGCAAUUUUCUCCGCUAACACAAGGUUUGUGUCCAUCACAUUAUAGGAUCUUGUUUAUUCCUCCAUUCUAUGUUUCUUCUGUUCUAUCUUAUUGCAUUGGUACUAUACUAUGUGUAAACAAUGAUGACAUCGAAUAUUAGGACACUUUUCGAGUGUAUGCGAAA